AUGGUGGGAAGGGAGCCCGAUUUCGGCGACAAGUAUGAACAGGUCAAGUCGCUCGGGCGGGGCUGCUAUGGCGAGGCGAUGCUGAUGCGGGACCGCACCACGGGCCUGCUGGUAGCCAUCAAGUACAUCGAAAAGGGAAAGGUGGAUGAGUAUGUGCAGAAGGAGAUACGCAACCACGUGCAGCUGACAGGGCACCCCAACAUCAUCCAAUUCAAGGAGGCCUUCCUCACCGCCACCCACCUGGGCAUAGCCAUGGAGUAUGCAAACGGCGGCGACCUGUUUGACCGGGUGGUCAGCAGGCGGCGCCUGCCGGAGGACGAGGCCCGCUACUUCUUCUGGCAACUGGUGCAGGGGCUGGCCUGGUGCCACAGCCAGGGGGUGUGCCACCGCGACCUGAAGCUGGACAACGUGCUCCUGGCGGGCGACCCGUCGGCGCCGCAGCUCAAGCUCUGCGACUUUGGCUUCUCCAAGUCCCAGCAGCAGGACUCGAUGCCCAACACGCUGCUGGGCACGCCCGCCUACCUGGCGCCAGAGGUGCUGAAGGAGGGGGGCGAGAACCAGCAGUACAACGGCGAGCUGGCGGAUGUGUGGUCCUGCGGGGUGGCGCUGUACGUGAUGCUGGUGGGCGCCUACCCCUUCCAGGACCCAGCAGACCCGGGCAACCACCUGAAGACGUACCGGCGUAUCUUUUCCGUCCAGUACGAGGUGCCCGCCGACGUGGCUGUGUCUGGGGAGUGCCUGGACCUCAUCCGCCGCAUCCUGGUGCGAGACCCCGCCCAGCGCAUCACGCUGCAGCAGGUGCAGCAGCACGCCUGGUACCUGGCGCACCAGGCGGGGCCCGUGCCGCAGCAGCAGCAGCAGGAGCGGCCGAUGCAGACGGACGAGGAGAUCAUGAAGCUGACGUCCAUGGCGGCGCAGAUGAGCAGCGGCGAGCCAGGGAUCUGGAAUGAGGAGGACUGCUUGGUUUUCGAGGGGCAGGACAGCCUGCUUGGAGAAUGA